GGUAGAUCUGCGACCUCAGUUGGAUCACAAAACCCGGCAGGCGGCUGGAGAAUCCGCGGUGAAAUGUAAAUGAUUCAACCAUCGCAGAGUCGCUUCGGGUUUGAAGAACAGCUGGGAAACAAGAGAGAGUUUCUAUAGAGAGAAAUGAAUCCUGCUACCCUUCAUCAAUCCGCCAAAGUCAAUGCGCUCCAUCUGUACUGAUCUGCAGCUACUUCAUUCAGCCCGCCGCUACUCAUCAUCCAUGCAUUACUCCUGAAAUCAGCGCAUUCAUCACAUCUGUAUACAGAGGUGUACAGGAGCAUCAUCUCAGAGAUCACACAUACACCUCUCCUGCUGAGCUACCUAACUAAACCUGGACUGAGAUAAAGCCAAAAUAAAGGAAGGAAGGAAGGAAGGAACUCUGCUCAGAUCGACCCCCUGUCCAUAAUGGAUUGGUUAAUGGGGAAGUCAAAGACGAAGCCGAAUGGAAAGAAGCCGCCCACAGAGGAGAAGAAGCCGUACCUGGAGCCAGACUACACCAAAGUCAGGGUCGUCGACUUUGACCUGAAGGAGCUGGUGGUGCUGCCACCUGAAAUCGACCUGAACGAAUGGCUAGCCUGUAACACCACAACAUUCUUCAAUCUGAUCAACCUGCAGUACAGCACGGUGUCUGAGUUCUGUACGGGCGAGACAUGUCCCUUCAUGAGCGCCUGCAAUACGACGUACUACUGGUAUGAUGAGAAGGGGAAGAAGAGUAAAUGCACAGCACCGCAGUACGUAGACUUCGUCAUGAGUUCGUGCCAGAAGCUCGUCACUGAUGAGGACAUCUUUCCUACAAAAUACGGCAAAGAGUUCCCCAACGCCUUCGACUCGCUAGUAAAGAAGAUCUGCCGCUACCUGUUCCACGUGCUGGCGCACAUCUACUGGGCUCACUUUAAGGAGACCGUGGCCAUGGACCUUCACGGACAUUUAAACACGCUCUACACACACUUCGUCGUCUUUAUACGGGAAUUCAACCUGAUGGACCCCAAGGAGAUUUCCAUAAUGGACGACCUGACCGAGGCGCUGUGCACUCCCCUGCCCCCUCCUCCACAGAACCACGUCACAGAGAGAUGAGGCCUCGCACUCGCUCCACCUCCAUCCCUCUGCUCGAGGAGGACAGAAGCACAGCCCUUCGGCCUCCCAAAGACUCCGCUCUCUUUUAAAGGACCCGGUCAGGAUGGGUUAGCCUGGCCUGCGGGCGCCUGCACUUGCUGAAAGAGCCCUUUACCCAGGAAGCAUUCAUUUUCACGCUCUUCUUUUUUUGUUUUGGUUUCUAAUGCCCGUGUAGUCAUGGGGUUGGGGCACUAGGUUUGUUUUGUCACUUUCUCUCCAUGUGGAAGAUAGCACUGUUUCUAUAUGGGGUAAGGCUGAACUUAAGGCCAGGUCGUUUACAGGGUCUCUUUAAUUAUAUUUUAGUACUUUUUUCCCAGAAUAUAGAGUGUGAAAUUUAGGCUUUCCAGGAGUUUGAAGGGUCUCAGAUUACCCAUAAUCCUCUCAGUCUGACUACUUUCCACCCAUGAUGCUCUUUAACCCAGCAUCUGAUACAAUAUCUGCACCUUUUUAUUGUUUCUCUUUAUGCUCAUAACCAUAUUAGAUCACCUAGACACACUUCAUGUUAAGUAUUGGAUCAGUCUGUAAACUCUCCCUCCAUGCAGCACAGUGACAAAGACAUGAUUUUUGUCUGCUACCUUUAAAUACUGAAUGCUGUACGUACCCCGAAUCACAAACCACAUCAUACCCGACACAUCCAAUCAAGUCUUUCUAAUUUCCCACCAUCAAAAACAUGCAAUCAUGUCCAAAUUGAGGUAGCGUAUCAGCAAGAUUCACUUUGUAAGGACACUUUCGAGACAAGUGGCAAAAGAAUGUAAAUCUAGUCUUUACGUAUUUAACUGUUUGAGGAAAUUAUCCAGAGUGAAUGAGUGACCGAAAGAAUGAAAAAAGUGGGUGUAAGCAUGAAAGAGAAUUUAAGAGAUUUUAAAGUCCGCCCUUCAUCACUGUUCAGAGAGGCUGAAGUUCUCUCAUUAUAGGGUUGGAUGUUAGUUUUAAUUUAUUUACCCAUUUGGUUUAGUUUUGGCUUUUCUUUUCAGGACCCCUGAGUUCUGGCUUUCAUUUUUAUGUAUUUUAAUAAAUAAUACUUAAGUUAAAAAAAAGUGAUUUAAUAUUUUAAGCUCUGCAAAUUAUACCCUAAUAAAAUGUUUAAAAUGUA